GGGAUGUGUGCUAGUGCCAGAGUUUUUAUCCUCUACAGCUAAGGACAGCUACAUAAAAUCAAAAGGGAUUUCAGUCUUUAAAAACCAUGGUAGUCUAUGGCUUAUGUCAAUAAUAAAGAUUAAACCUAAUAUUUCGAGAAUAAUAAUUUUACUUUGUGUUGGUUGAUGGUUGUAAGCUGUAAAGUGUAACUAAAAGUAUCUAAUUUAUUUCGUGGUAAUUUUUAUCAUAAAAUAAUAGUUGAAAGAAGCAAAAAUAUAUUGCACGUAACCUUAUUCCGAGAUGUCGGUCACUAAGAUAGAUUCUGUUGAUAAUUUCGUUAAUUUUAUAAGAUCACCAGCUUUAACAGUUGUACAUUUUUCUGCUGAAUGGGCAGAACAGUGCAAUCAAGUUACUGAAGUCCUUAAAGAAUUGGCAAAACUAGAUGAAGUCCAAUCCAGUGGGAGUAAAUUUGGAUUAUGUGAUGCUGAAAACCUUUCGGAAAUCUCAUUAAAAUAUAAGGUAGAUUCAGUACCAACAGUUAUAUUAUUUAAAGAUGGAUCAGCAGUAGAUAGAGUUGAUGGUGCUGAUGCAGCCCAAAUCACAUCUAAAGUCAGAGCCAAUAGUGGGGUUAAAUAUCUAAAGAAUGCCCCACCUCAACAACUAUUAGAGGAAAGACUGAAAGCUCUUAUCAAUAGACAUAACAUCAUGGUGUUUAUGAAAGGCACUAAAGAGUCGCCAAGAUGUGGAUUUAGUAAAACACUUGUUCAAAUACUUAAUGGAACUGGGGUUCAGUAUGAGACUUUUGAUAUUUUAACUGAUGAAGAGGUUCGUCAAGGAUUAAAAACAUAUUCUGAUUGGCCAACUUACCCCCAGUUAUAUGUUAAGGGAGAAUUAAUUGGAGGAUUAGACAUUGUUAAAGAACUGCAGGCAAACGGAGAACUUGAGUCUUCUUUAAAUGCUUGAACUAUGCUUAUCAAUAAAUGUAGCUCAUUUUUUAUUUAUUUUAAUAAAGAUUUUAAAUAAAAAUCUU